AUGACCCGUAGCAUCCGCAGCCCGUCGCCGUCGCCUGGUCCCCUUUCACCUUCGUUCAGCGACUCAUCUGCUGACGAGGACCUCACCGCCUUCGCUGAUUAUGAGGCAGGCGUUGUAACUGUAACUCCAUCUCGACCUGGCUCCCCUGCCUCUGUCAAUCCUCAAUCGAAUAGCAAGGACACGGACACAGUGGCAUGCCAAUGGGAGGACUGCGGGAAGGUGUUCACUCAUUUGCCAACGCUCAUAGAGCAUAUUCAUAAUGAUCACAUUGGGGUCCACAAGUCCAACUACACUUGCGAAUGGGCGACUUGCUCCAGGAGAGGUCUGGCUCAGACAUCGAGAUUUGCGCUCAUCUCACACAUUCGAUCGCACACCGGCGAAAAGCCAUUCACAUGUCCACGACCAGAGUGCGACAAAUCCUUCACCCGCUCCGAUGCUCUCGUGAAGCAUAUGCGCCUCCAGCACAACAUCUCGCCCCCGCUCCCGGGGCGGGGUGGCAAUCGCAAACGGAAGCGCGAAGAGCCUGAAGUGGAGACACCAACCACUCACGGGUUCACGACCUUCAAAGUUGAGGCUCAAACUCCUUCAGACAUGCCGUACGAAGACGGUGCCCUGUCGGGAGGCGAGGGUGGCGACUAUUUUAAUCUCGGCCGCCGCUCAGCUAGCCCGAGCGACGCCGAUAGCGAACAGGAAGAUGGUGUUCCUCCUCAUUUGAUGCAGGCGAUGGAUCCGCAGACGGGGCUGAUAAUGGGGCGGUCGCCGAGUAUGGUGAAGUAUCUGGUGAUGAAAGCAAAGCAUGGGUAUGCGCUGGAACAGCAUGAGGCGCUGAUCGAAGAGUUGCGCGUUGUUAGGCAUGAGGAGAGGCUGAUGCGUGAGGCAAAGGAUAUGGUGUUCGACGAGGUACUGAGGCGCACAUUCGGUCAUCAUUGUGAGCCAUUGUGUGUGCAACCACGACUGCCUCAGAUGGUGCCGGAGCAGCAACGGUAUCCAUAGGCACGGGUCAUUUCCGGUGUUAAUGGUACGAGUCUUGUCGUUCGCAGCUCCCUGACUGGCCCUGUACUCAGGGGCAAGAGUGCUAUGCUUGUAUUCUAUCCAUAAGUAGGUGUAUCCCAUAUAAUUCUCGUUCUCGCCGUACUUCAAGAAAG